UUUUGUUCGCCACGACCAUCAUCCAUUGAAUCAUAGGAUAGUAAUGCGCCAUCCACAUUUAAAAUACUCAGGUAGUAUAGCCAGGAUAUUUUAUUGUGCCUAUGAAGUAUCAAUGGCGCUCCUUUUAAUUCCUUUCUGGACUGUCUACUUCCUACGAAAAUCUUCCCGGCCGAGGUCAAGUUGGACAUUAACGCAGUCCGUCAUGAUAAAGUUCAUACAGCGGAUGCAUAGGAUGUCUGAGAUUUCAAACCUCUCAUUCCACGUCAAGGAUCCUUUCAGCUGGGGACAACACGGAAAACACACAGCCUUUAAAUUCGUUCCUACACUUCCACGCAAUAAGCAAGUUGGAGUUUUAGAUGUUGAAGGAACGGAUGCACAUAAAAGGGUGGGCACUUACAUCUGGCCUCGCGACCGCUGCGAUAAGGCGUAUAACGACCGUGAUGACGUAACACUCGAAGAUGGUACCGAGCCAUUAGUUGGUAUAACCAUACAUGGAGGUGCAUACGUCCAUAUGUCAGCCGAAGAAAAAUGCUCUACGUCUAUUAUUCCUAAGAGAUUAAUGGAAAGCGGUUCAUUCCUCGAAAUACAUUCAGUAGAAUAUCGCUUGAUACAUUACAGUGCCUUCCCAGGUGCAUUGCUUGAUGUUGCCAGUGUAUUUGAUAAUCUCAUCAAUGAGAGAAAGGUACCUCCAUCGAGAAUUGUCAUAGUUGGUGAUUCAGCCGGUGGUAACCUUGCAUUAGCUUUAGCCCGUUUCAUAAGGGAUGAAAGGCAUGAGGAUACUCCGGCGGGUUUACUUCUACUAUCGCCUUGGUGCGAUCCGUCCUUUAGUUUCCCAUUUAAUCCAACUACACAAAGAAGGCGUCCGAAUGAAGGCAUAGACUAUUUAAUGGAUACACCUGUGCCACGAGCACUCAUCAUAGAAUCCUUCAUUGGAUGCACAUCUGGAACUGGUCAAGACAUUCCAGGUUGCCCAACAUGUACUCAACAACAAUCACACACUUUUAUAAAAAGAUCGCUUUUUAAGCAAAGAAAAAGGACUAGUCAACAACAUAACUUAUUGCCAGAUCAUAUAUCAGUUCACUCACCCUAUAUUAGCCCUGCAUCGUUACACCUUAAAGAUGAGGAAGACUUAUUCGAAGAUUUUCCUCCAACUUUUAUAAGCUACGGUACAGCAGAACGUCUCGAAGACGAAAUCAAAGUACUCAUCGAACGUAUGGAACGUAAUAAUGUUGACUUGACAACAAACGUUGCAGAAGAUGGUGUACAUGAUCUUUUAAUACUUGGAUUCUGGAAUGAACGUCAAAAAGAUGCAAUAUGGAAUGAUAUUUUUAAUUGGUCGAGAGAUCUUUCGCUUAAGUCUAUACCAUAAUAAAUCAUGUAUUCGUUUAGUUAAUUUAUGUUUUAAAAUAAAACAGUUUUAGGCUACCACUGUUUUGUAAUCAGAUUUGAGGCGGUGUAAAGGAGCAUGGUGGCUGUGUAAACCUUCAAUACGACGGGUAGCAUUCAAAUUCUUUUGAACGGUGAUUUGGAAGACCGAUGAACCACCAUUUCUAGCGAUGAUAACUGAAGAUGCGAGGAAGAAAGUCCAGAUUCUGAACCAUCUUUCGCCAUACUUCUCAAGGACCUUUUCUUUGUUAGAUAACCAAUUGUUGUACCAUCUGAGGAUAGUAACAGAGUAGUGGACACCAAGUACAUCAAUUGACUUUACUUCAAAGCCGGCAUUUUCAAGUUGAUUAAUAACCCAACCAAGUGAACAAGAAGCAUCAGCACCUGGGAAGAUAUGCUCAUUCAUGAAAAGACCCCAAAUGAGAUCCUCAUAUUGCCAAUGUGGGCGAAGACCGGCUACUUGGAAGACCAUAGUACCAUCAUCAUCUAACAAGUUGUAGACUUCAUUCAAAAAGGUAGAGUAACGACGAAUACCGACAUGUUCAGCCAUUUCCAAGCAACUGAUCUUGUUGAAGGUGUGCUUUGGAAUUUCUCUGUAAUCCUUAUUCAAUAUUCUAGCCUGCUCUGAUGAAAUACCGUUCUUUGCGAUUCUGUCAUUACCGAAUUUAGCCUGAUUCUUCGAGAGUGUGAUACCAGUAACAUCAGUUUCGAAGUUUUUAGCGGCGAAAGCAGCUAAAGUACCCCAACCACAUCCAAUAUCGAGCAUUCUGUCGCCCUUUUUGAGGUCGAGCUUCUCACAAACCAUACUGAGUUUGUUGUCUUGUAGUUCUUCGAGAGUUUCGGCGCGUGUAGUGUCACGUACCAUACCACCUGUGUAAAUCAUUCGUGGACCCAAGAACCAUUCGUAGAAAUCGUCACCGCGAUCGUAAACAUCUUGAAUUUGAUCUUCAUCUUGAGAUUGUGAGUGGAAAAGAAUAUCAGGAAUCAUUUUAAAGACAACGUAUUUGAAUAGUUUAGGCGUGAAGUUGAAAUUGGCCCAGUCGUGUCUGUAUUCGAGAACAUCAAGCAUGUCACCUACAUCAAUCUUGCCUUCAAAGUAAGCGUCGUGGAAUUGCUGGUAGUUUAUCUUGUUAUGACCGUGGAAUUGUUGCUUAAGCUCAGGAUCUUUGAUGUCCAAGUAUUCCUCAAUUGGACGGCCUGGAAGUGCAACCUUCUCGUUCUUGCGUGGACCGUAUGUCGACGCAGCUGUCCAAUAGGCAAUAGCAGUGAACGGACCAGUUAAAAUGAGCAAAAAGACGUAAGUUUUAAAGCCAGUGUUGAAAAAUGGAAUAAAGCGCUUUAAAAUGUAUGGCACAGCCAAGAUAAGCGCAACAAAUUGCAA